UGUGUUUUUAAUUUCAAAAUAAAAUUACGAUUUACAUCUUCUCUACGAAUCGAAAUGUCGAUUUUCGUGUAAGAUACUUUCAGCCAUGGCUUCGCAAUACUUUGUGAAUGUAUCUAAAGUACCUAAAACAAGUGAAAAUGAUAGUAAACCAAGUAUAGUUAAAGAAAAAGUUAUGUCCUACGAGGAAAAAUCUGUAGGGUCAACCAAUUUUUUUCAAUGUGAAGCUUGCCCUUACAUGGCACUCGCCGAGGAUGACAUCAAGUUUCAUUUAUUUACUGAGCACCCAGAUUUAGCAAAGAAGAAUGGGCUAGCUGAUAACAUUCAAAUAUCAUGUCCAGGAUGUGCGAGCGUAUUCGAUGCAGAAAGCACCUUAAGAACACAUCUGCGAAACCAUCACAAAAUGGGGAUAAAAGACGUGAAAAAAAUGGUAAAGAGCUUGGUUCAAAUAGCAUUAAAAAAUGUUAAGUUAAAGAAAGAAAUCGCAUCUAAUGAUACUCCUCCAACUCCGCAAGACAUGGCCGAGGUAAAAAUGCCACACAUAAUAGAAAUUGUACCUGAAUUUAACAAUACUAUGAAUGAACAACUACCAAAGGGAGUUGCAUACAUAUCUGUAGAUGAGUUGAAUAAAAUGUCCACACCUAAUUUUGAGAAAAUAGACCCUAAGGAAGUAAUUCAGGAGGCGAGUAUCAAUAUUGUGUAUGCUAAUGAUUUAACAACACACUCGCAGUAUAUAAAUGUUUCAAAUGCAAAUACUUCCAACUCGUGCAAUGCUAUCCAGGUUUCGAGUGUAACACCUGACCUCAUAUCAUCUGUACAGCAAUGUGCGGUAGCUGCAGACAAAUCACCUCCACAUCCCAGGGAUCCCAGCAGCCAUCUCCCUCACUCUUCACAGAGAAUAGAGCCUAGGCUAAUGCCAUAUCCACCUAAUUACAAGGAAAGAACUAUAAGAGAGGACCCAGAAACAGCUGGUGUUAUGUGUUCCAUUAACAAUUGUCAUAUUAGACUCAAGGACCCUAAUAAUUUGUCAUACCACAGAAAGUGUCAUUUCAAUGGUAAACUGAAGUGCCCCGAGUGUUCAACAUUAUAUCUGACUGUUGAGUUACUACACACUCACCUUUGGAAAGUACAUGCAGUGGAUCUUGAGUUGCACACUUGUGAAAUUUGUGAUUAUAAAACUUUCCAACGUUACAGACUUCUUAACAUACACAUGAAAUGUCAUGGAAAUGUUAAAAACUAUCCGUGUUCUAUAUGUAACAAGACUUUUAAAAAUACACAUCAACUCUCUAAACACAAGCUAACACACAAGAAAGGUGUGAAAGCCCAAUGUCACAUUUGUGAAAAAUGGUUUAACUCUCCAGAAAGACUGAAAAUUCACCACUCAACUGUACAUGAAAAAUUAAAACAAUUUAAAUGUGGCCACUGUGAUUACGCCGCUGCCAGGAAAGUGGAGUUGAAGCUGCAUUUGAGAUCUCAUACUGGUGAAAAGCCUUACAGCUGUGACCAGUGUAGUUAUCGUUCUUCUGACCACAAUUCACUGCGACGCCACAAGAAGAUUCAUUCCAAAGAAGAAUCAUACAAAUGCAAAUAUUGCCCCUUUACAUCCAUACAGUCCACUUCAUUCACCAAGCACAUGAUAUCGAACCAUCCUAAUAUGUCAUCAAAAGAAAUUCAUAGUUGUCCAUAUUGCCCAUUCAAAUCAAUAAACAAGAAAAAAUUUGUCAUUCAUCUCACCACACAUAGUGAAAAAGAGGGUAUAAAAAUGCUACUCGAAAUGAACGGAAAAUCAAGCAAGCCAAGUUGGACAAUUCCCAGUGAUUCGUCGGACAAAUCCGACAUGCCGAACCUCGAUAAAGAGCAGGACGGCGCGACGAACACCAGACCGACCAAUUCCAUCGUUAACUCGAUACCCAUCGAAGUUUACGACUGCGAUAGUUUACCUGAAAGUGUCGCUCAGGAAUACCCAAAAAAUUACCACAAGGACACCACGAGUGACACGCAACCCCCCACUUUUAGCAACCAAAACGAUACAGUCCCGAGCUUCAGUAGCUCCGAGUACGUCGACGAUAACAACUCCGACUGCCUGCUGCCGACCCCGCCUCUUCCCAGUUUACAUUUCCUGAACACUUCCGCGGUUUCCAUGGAACAGAAUCACAUACAAAGCGACAACAUCAAUUCUCUCGCUCCGAUUCAUUCGCCGAUAAACACGAGUAUGAGCAACAACAUCAUGAGUAACUUCCCUAUUCGACUCCCCCUGGCGCCUCCUCCCGCCCGAGGUAGUAUCACCCUGAAGCCGGUCGACAAAAUAUGUCUCCCGAUGUCGAAGGUGACCGGCCCGAUCAUCAAGCCCAUGCAGAUACUCCCGGUGCCCUCGAGCCACUCGCCGAUCAACAUUACGGCCGAAACGGACGGCGUUCCGAGGAAGAAGCCUAAAAUAUCGGUCAAGAGUAAUCUCAUACUGAAAGGUCCGGAUCAAGUGAACAUGUUUCAUUCGCAGCAGCAGAUGGCUUUCAAGCGUCUGGAGGACAACGAGAGGUUCGGCCUCCCGCCCGUCGUCACCUUCAACAACCUGAUAAUGCAGCUGCAGCCGGAACCCGCCCUCAGCGAGUCUCCGAACACCAUAAUGUCGUACCCGCAGGACAACCUGAGCGACAACGCGCCGACGCCGCUCGGCAGCGAUAUAAGCGAGGACCCCCAGAUUUUCUCCUUCAACCCUCAGAUGAACGUCAACUCCAUGAGCAUGAUACCCCAGACGCAGGCGACCGAUCCCAGCUACAUCAAGUUGGAGGCGACGAUCAAGCAGAACACGCAGUCGCCGAGCCUGGAGAGGAUGUGCAACCCCAUCCUUCUGAGCAACCAGCCGAUGGCCCGGGAGUACAAGGCCUCGCCGCCCCUCGAGGACAUACACAAGAACAUGAGCGAAAUAAAGAACGAAGUGAAAUCGGACGCGUUCUACAAUAUGUCCUUGAAUUCUUCGGCUAGCAACCCUCCGGCUAUCGACCAGUAUUUAAUAGACAACAUAAUUCCCGAGCAGUACUCGCACAUCGACCUGUCCCCCGUGGUGCUGCCCGGGUCGGACCAGCAGAAUGACGUCAUCGAGAUCGACGAUAACUCCGAUGAGAACAAGCUGCUGUCGAGGUUCGAUAUGAAUUUUUCGUUGGAAUCUCUGUACUUGAUGCACAACGAUUUUCAUUUUUUAGAAAACGACGGAAUCAACGGCGGCGGUUCCGACGCCGUCAACGAAAUGAACAGAAUGGUUACGGAGGUUCCCAUCAUAAAUCAGAAGGAAUGUUUGGAGGUCCUCCCGAUAGAAACUAGUCAGGAUUGUCCGACGACGAUUCAGGGCAAGAAAGAUCCGAUGAUGAACAAGACGGGAAAACAAACUACGAAUAAAAUCAACGUAAAAAAUAUAGAACUGAUGAAAAAUUAGUAUACAUUUUCAAAAUGGCUAUAUUUUAGUAACGGUAAUUAUUGUAUAAAGUAGGUAGGUCUACGAAUAAUAAAAUAUUAUUCGUAGAGGUAGGUACUUCGUUUUUCUAAUGAGCUUCUUCAGUGAACAUGUUACUCUUCUGUAAAUAUGUAUUAUAGUUAAAUGUUAUUAUAAAUACUCUUAUCUGUAAGGGUGAUAUAAGAUAUUACAUCUGCUAAAAAUCUUUAUCUAAUGUUGAUGACACGUCGAGUCUCGACUCUCGAGUAAAACGAUUGUUUACUAUUACAAACAUUUAAGAUAAUAUAUAUAGACGUGUUUGAAGAUUUAUCAAAAGACUGUUACUUUUUAAAUGUAAUUAAAAAUAUAAGGCAACAAUAAAAUAAUAUACUUCAUUCGAUCCCAUAAAAAGUCCGUAAUAUUAUACGGCUUAUCCAGAAGCCUGGCAACACUUGUGACAAAUAAAAUUAUGGUUUCCCUGCCCCACCAACAUCAACUAUCCCCAACUUAGAACAUUUGUUUAAUUAACAGCUAA